GGAAACGAUGGCUGUGGGUGGGAUGGAGAUGAUGAUGACGGCGACGUGAGUGAGGGAGCGAGGGGGGGAGGGAGAGGGAGUGGCUUCCAACAAAACUUCUGACGGGCCAACAUCCAUAAAACCAUCCUCGCUCCCUUCCCCCCUGCUCACCACCCACAUUCUUUUGUUCUUUCUUAUUCUCUCCAUCGUGUGUUUGCGGUAAGAGGAAAGCAAAAUCAGGUCCUGUACAUACAGACGGAAAAGCGCUCGCAUAUUCUUUUGGAGUUGAUUCUUUUGCCCCCCCCGGGUGGACACGAUCCUUUUUCAUCGUUGAAGGCACCAAGUUAAGGUCUCGACUCACGAACCAGUCAAACCGUGUGCUUUGACCGCGUUUUCUGGUCAUCCUCUCCUUCCAUUGCGCGGUCCAAACCAUCUACCGCUUUGACCACCCAAGACGAAUCUGCCAGGAUGCAGCCCAAAGCCCCCGAGAAGUCUUCCCCUUCGACCACCACCACCGCUACCAACGGUCACACUAACGGACAUACGAACGGGUCCUCAUCCUCCCACGAGUCUUCAGACAACAAGUACGAUAUGAACUCACCUUCCACCAUCCGCCAAAAGUUCCUCCCUUACCCUUCCGACCUGGGCGUGGUCCUGGUCGGCUUUUCUGGCGGGCAAUGCAAAGAUGGCGUGGAUGCCGCUCCCACGGCGCUGGUGAACGCAGGGUUGCUGCACCAGAUUCGGGAUGAGUUGGGAUACACGCUUCAUGGAGACAGCGAGGUACACAACUUCAACGAGAUCCGUCCUGCCUCCGAUGAGCCGUACAGGGGAAUGAAGAAUCCCCGGUCAGUCAGUGCCGUUACGGAGAAACUCGCAGGCCAAGUCUACGAACAAGCUCGCCAUGGAAGAAUGGUCUUGACCCUAGGAGGCGACCACUCCAUAGCGAUCGGCACCAUCGCGGGUACAGCCAAGGCCAUCCGUGAACGGUACAACAGACGCAAAGAGAUCGCGGUCAUCUGGGUUGACGCCCACGCCGACAUCAACACGCCCGAGACGUCCGAUUCAGGGAACAUCCACGGCAUGCCAGUCGCGUUCGCCACAGGUCUCGCGCACUCCGAGGAUAAGGAUAUCUUCGGCUGGUUACAAGAGGACCAAAUGCUCUCGACCACAAAGCUUGUCUAUAUCGGUCUGCGGGAUGUGGACAGGGGUGAGAAGAAAAUCUUGCGCGACCACAGGAUCAAGGCUUUCUCCAUGCACGACAUCGAUCGCCACGGUAUCGGAAGAGUGGUAGAAAUGGCGCUCGCCCAUAUUGGGACCGACACUCCUAUUCACCUGUCCUUCGAUGUGGAUGCCCUGGACCCCAUGUGGGCGCCCAGCACAGGAACGCCGGUUAGAGGAGGCUUGACGCUGAGAGAAGGGGAUUACAUCGCCGAAUGCGUCCAUGAGACAGGGCAAUUGGUGGCCAUGGAUUUGGUUGAGGUGAAUCCUUCGUUGGACGUGGCUGGAGCAACUGAAACGGUGAGGGCAGGCGUCAGUCUGGUGAGGUGUGCAUUGGGUGAUACCCUCCUGUGAGGUAGCAGAGACUGGUCCUAGAAAAGCGAGGCUCCCAUCACUCGACGACAGGCAGUAUAUCCUUAACACACUCUCCUUCUGUCUUCUCUUUGAAUUGGUUACACGACCCGCGAUGAGAUGUUGGACACGACAGAACAACGGAAAAAGAAGGGAGGCUCAACGGGGACCAAAGGGGGAACUAAAAGCCUUUCGCAUUACAACAGGGAUACACAAGAAGUGCUUACCUAAAUACCUAUACCUAUUCAUAUACCUAUAACAUAUUUGUAUUCGGAGUACCUAUACACGCACACAAAUAUAUCUCUGCAGAAAGAGAUACGGCCACAUAUAGCUAGCUAUAUAGACGAGGCCUAGACAGUGCGAGGCUCGCUCCGUACAAGGAAUGGUACCUAGAGGGGCCAAAAACAGGCUUGGACAAUACCAGG